AUGGACAGGUUUCUUACUGGUCCUGCGGCAUCAAAAAAGGAUAACUCAGGCGGCAAAGUGUUUAUUCCCUGGGUCGAAAAAUAUCGACCCAAAACUGUGAAUGAUGUCGCCCAGCAAGCUGAAGUUGUUUCUGUCCUCCGAAAAUGUUUGGAGGGCGCCGAUUUACCCAAUCUUUUAUUUUACGGGCCUCCGGGUACUGGCAAGACUUCUUUGAUCCUCGCUCUUGCGCGUCAGCUUUUUGGACCCUUGUACUCAGACAGAGUCCUUGAAUUAAAUGCUAGUGAUGAGCGUGGUAUCGGUGUGAUCCGUGAAAAGGUUAAAAACUUCUCCAAACUGGCCGUUAGCAGCAAUGCUGAGGGUGCUAGCGGUUCGGUUUCUCCACCACCUUACAAAUUGGUUGUUCUCGAUGAAGCCGACUCAAUGACUGCUCCUGCUCAGGCUGCUCUCCGACGUCUCAUGGAAACUGAUGUGAAGAACACACGAUUCUGUUUGACCUGCAAUUACGUGACUCGAAUCAUUGGUCCAAUCACCAGUCGCUGCGCUAAAUUCAGGUUCAAACCCCUUGAUAGCGAGGUCGCAAGGUCCAGACUUCGCUAUAUCGCUGACGCUGAGAACAUCGCCAUCUCUGAUGCCACUUUGGACCACCUUUUGGUCUUGUGUGAAGGUGAUCUGCGUCAAGGCAUCACUUUUCUUCAGUCGGCUCUCCGUUUUGCAACCCCUUGUGGUCAAAAGGGAUCCACAAAAUCUGUUCCUGUCACUCGUGAUGAUCUGGAUCGGGUAGCUACUGUGGUUCCCGAGCAGUUUGAAAACGCUCUUAUUUCUGCUGCAAAAAAACGUGAUUUUGAUGCUCUGCAGUCGACAAUCCUUGACUUUACAGGAGAAAGUCUCUCAGCACCUCAAUUUUUGACUCAACUGCAAUCGCGAAUAAUGGAUUCGACGGAAUUUUCGGAUCGUUCAAAGCAGAAGAUAUUGCAGGAUAUGGCGACUGUCGUUUUCUACGUCUGUCCGUGGACUCACACUGGACCUACAGCUGCGAGAGGUGCCAUUCCUCUCUGUGAGUUGGUCCUGACUGUCAAAGGCGCAGAAGAUAAACUUCUUCCUGGAAAAUGGCUAGAACGCGUCAAUCAGUCGAAGGAACGUCUUGCCUCCAAAGUGGUGCAAGAACUCACGUCCUAA